CCCACCUAGCCACGCUCGAACCCCUUGCCUGGUUCCUUGCGCCUUCUUUGUACAAUGUCUCAGAAGGACAAGCAAACGCAAUGGCCGCUCGCUCGCACCCUGACACUACCCCUUGUGGGGAGCAGAGAUGACCGAGGUCUCGCCUUCGGCACAGUGUAGGCCACGGCAUUCGGGAGUCGCUGCAGCGGCCGGCUUGGAUUCUCUGAAGACGACGGUGGCUCCCGGAUCCUUAUGUAUCGUCCCAUUGAGGGGCAGCGCCUCGCUGCCCUCCAGAUCACCUCUCGUGUGUUCUUCUUUCUCCUUCGUCCACCAUGCGAUCUGGCCGCUCCACCUACGUACUGUCUGCCCUCCUUUUGCUGAUCGCCUCCUGCACAUCCGCGGUCGCACAGCAGUAUGCCGGCUCGGCCUUCAACAACUCGCUACCGGCUGUUGCCGGUGCGGAGCAGACGUUCUGGAACAUCCUCGAUACCUCAGGCAAGUCUACCUCCCUUAUAACGUACAAUAAUCUUGGAACGAACGGCAAGCGUUUGAGCCCUUCGAAAGUGCAAAAGGCCCUCAUUGUUAUCCAUGGCCUGAAUCAAGACGCCAAUGCUUACAUGGCCAGUGCGUUGACUGCUCUGAGCCAAGCGACGGCCAGUAAUUCGGCCAUCAACCGUGAUACUGUCGCCAUUGUCGCUCCGCUAUUUGCAAAUGGGGAUCAAAAGAACUACGCAUACCCCUGGACGGAUGGUCUUGCCAAUGGCGCAGGCUCCACAUCACAAGCGCUAGUCUGGUCAGGCUCCACAUGGGCUUCCGGAGCCGUCAAUCAAUACCCGUACCAGCAGACGACCGUAUCGUCCUACGCCGUCCUGGACCAGAUGCUGCAGUACUAUGGUAAUUCGGCGCUGUUCCCGAACCUCAAGUCGAUUGUAAUUGUUGGUCACUCGCUAGGAGGUCAGAUGACAAAUCGAUACGCCGCCGUUGGGAAUGACCUGGGGCUGAGUGUCCCUAUUCGCUUCUGGAUGGGCAACCCAGAUUCUUGGCUCUGGUUCGAUCCGAGCCGACCCGUGUAUCGGAAUCCCUCAUCCUACUGCGCAACCUACGAUGCGUGGAGGAAUGGUGUCGCUUCCGGCCUGCCCAGCAACUACAAUACUGGCUUGACAAGCUCCGGUGGAGCCGCCAUCCUUGCACAUUACCAGUCCAGGUCUAAGAUCUACGCUAGAGGCACGCUGGAUUUGGGUGACGAUAGUUCUACAUGUGGGCCCUUUACCACAGGACAGACGCGAGACGAGCGCUUCUUCGCACAGAUUGCCGCCUACCCACUUUCCUCCUCGAACAACAUUGACUACAUUGCUGCCGGACACGAUCAGACCGCCAUGUUCUCUAGCACAGCGGGACUGACUCGUCUAUUCUAUGAUAAUUUCAGUGGCGACGGUUCGAGGGCGGCCGACAUGGGCAACCGCUUAGCAGCUGGCGACUCUCCGGACCCAAGUAGCAGCAAUGCUGCACCUCCUGCAAUCGUUGGCAAUGGGGCUUCCGGUAUGAAAUUUCAAGGCUGUUGGACUGACGUCACUGCGACUGGUGCUGCGCAUUCUUUGCGAUACAAUGGCACCACAUCCGGCAGCCUCAGCGUCGAGAGCUGUACAGCUGCUUGCUCCAAGGCCGGCUACUCCAUUGCGGGCAUGCUGGCGGGCUCGACGUGUCUCUGUGACAGUGCACUCCAGUAUGAAAGCUUGCGAGUCGUCAACAGAGCUUGUCUGACCGCCUGUCCUGGAAAUUCGGCCGAGUACUGUGGUGACACUGCGAGAAUCUCGGUCUGGUCGAGCAGCACACCCGCGCAAUUUGGGGUCGAUGCAACGGCUGCUACAUCUACGACCAAGACGUCGACUAUUACCACCUCUACGUCCAAGACGUCGACUACUACCACCUCUACGUCCAAGACGUCGAGUACCCUUACCUCAAACACUAGGACGUCGACUACUACUACGACGUCUUCGGGGCCUACCAGCACAGGAGGAUCCAAGCUUGUUCAGAAGAGUGGCACGUACACAUUCAACGGGUGCUAUAGUGACUCUAUCUCCAACCGAGUAUUGACUACUGUCAAGACGGGAGGAUCGGUUGAACUUUGUGCUGCCGCUUGUGCAGGCUAUGCUUACUUUGGGGUCGAAUACGGCGACGAAUGCUACUGUGGCCAGACGCUUGGCAGCACUGCUGUACUCAAAACGAGCACAGACUGCAACAUGGUCUGCGCACACGACUCUACUGAGCUAUGCGGGGGUGGCAACAGGAUAGCUGUGUACAAGUCGAGCUCCACCAGCUCCACUUCUACUUCCACUAAGAUUACGGCAACUACGACUUCCUCUUCCAAGACUACCAGUACUUCGUCCGUUAAGUCCAGCACGACUAAACCUACCUCUUCUACCGCCGCUGCCGCGACGCUGAGCUCUCAGUACACGUCGCUCGGCUGUUACAAGGACACGAGCAGCGUCCGUACGCUGAAUGCUGCCUCGUACACGAGCAGCACCAACACUCCAGCCGUGUGUGCAUCGUUCUGCUCCGGCAAAGGAUUCCGCUACUCUGGUACUGAGAACGGAAACGAGUGUUUCUGCUCAAAUUACAUUCUCAACCCUGGCGCUGCAGCUGGUAGCGGCCAGACGGGAUGCACCACAGCGUGCCCGGGUAGUGCGGGCCAGACGUGCGGAGGAAGCAACAGAAUCUCCAUCGUCCAAGACAAGAAGUGGCAACAAAAACUCUUCACCGUCCAAUCGCAAGGCAAGUGGGUCUUCCAGGAUUGUGUAGUCGAUACGGUCAGCCCACGUACGCUCGGCACUACUCUCCAGGGAGGCUCUGCCAACACAGUAGCCACUUGUAUGGCAUACUGCCGAGCGAAGAGUCUUACGUACUGUGGUGUGGAGUAUUCGGGCGAGUGUUUCGGAGCAGCUUCCCUGCCUAAAUCACUCACCUCCGCGACCAAUGCCGGCUCUAGCGACCCGAUCGCUCGAGGAUGCAACAUGCCCUGCAGUGGUAACAGCACGCUCGCAUGCGGAGGCUCGGGUCUGCUCAAUUUGUACAAGUACGAUGCUUCUCGCGCCUCAACGGGCACAGUCUUGCUUAGCAGCUGAAGAGGCACGUCUGGCGGGAGAGAGAGGGAGUGCCGUUUUCUGAUUGUGAAGCUUGUAGUCACCAGUACCCCGUACGCUCUUGUAACAUCACCCACUAAUUGUAUCAUCUCCAGAUUCUGUCACCGUCAGCUCUUACUCAAUUGGAC